CACAAAAUUGGAGCAUGUUUUUGUUGAGGAAUAUUCAUCUGAGAAUGGAUGGGGGGUAUGAUCAUUGUUCCAAGAAUUCCUAUAUUUUGCUGCUAAUUAUAUGUAUUGCUCUCCUGAUGACAGUACCUACUCAUACUUCAGAUGAAGAAAGGCAGGUUUACAUAGUGUACUUGGGCGGACUUGCUGAAACUGAUGAAUCACCUUCAUCACACCAUUCCCGCAUGCUUCAACAAGUUGUUGACAGCAGGUUUGUGAAUCAAUCCAUGGUGAGGAGUUAUACAAGGAGUUUCAAUGGAUUUGCAGCCAACCUCACAGCUCAAGAGAAACAAGAGUUGGCCGGUCAUGAGGAUGUUGUAUCUAUUUUCCCAAGCAGAACCUUUCAACCUCAAACAACAAGAUCUUGGGAUUUCAUGGGAUUGCCUGAAAAUGUUCAUCGAAAUCUCACUGUUGAGAGUGACAUUAUUAUUGGUGUUCUUGAUACUGGAAUUUGGCCUGAGUCGGAAAGUUUCAACGAUGAAGGCUUCGGCCCUCCUCCCAAGAAAUGGAAAGGAGUGUGUGAAGGCGGAAAAAAUUUCACUUGCAACAACAAAUUAAUAGGGGCUCGUUACUAUAACUCGCAUCAGGAUCAGCCCAGUGAUGGUUCUGCCAGAGAUAGUGAAGGCCAUGGAACUCACACAGCAUCCACAGCAGCAGGGAACUAUGUGAAAGAUGCUAGUUUCUAUGGGAUUGCUAAAGGAACUGCCAGAGGAGGGGUCCCAUCGGCAAGAAUUGCAGCAUACAAAGUAUGUUACAGUGAAGGAUGCCGAGAAGUGGAUAUUCUAGCUGCAUUUGAUGAUGCUAUAGCAGAUGGAGUUGAUAUCCUAUCGAUCUCCCUUGGACCACAGACACCGUUACAAUUUGAAGAUGAUACUGUUGCGAUUGGCGCCUUCCAUGCUUUACAAAAGGGCAUUUUAGUAUUGCAAUCCGCAGGGAACAGCGGAUACAAGAAAACAGUUGCAAGUAUUGUUCCUUGGAUCUUCACAGUAGCUGCAAGCAGUACCGACAGAGGGAUCGUCACCAAAGUUGUUAUUGGGAAUGGAACUGUAUUCAGUGGCAAGGCGAUCAACUCCUUCAGUUUGGUAGGGACUGGUGUUCCGGUAGUAUAUGGAAAAGAUGUCACCAAAACCUGCAGUGAGGUUUCUGCUAGGCAAUGUGCUCCAUUCUGUUUGGAGCCCAGUCUAGUGAAGGGAAAGAUUCUGCUCUGUGACAACUAUUCGGGAGUGAACAACGCCUUUCGUGCUGGAGCAGUUGGUGCGGUUACAAGUAGCAAUGCGUUGCCUCCCCAAGUUUCAGUUAAUAUUUCCUUUAUCGUUCCUCUUCCAGCCUCCCGUUUGAAGGAUCAGGACUUCAAUGAUCUCCAGAGCUACUAUGCCGCGACGAUAACCCCCAAAGUCGACAUCCUGACUAGUGAAUCUGUAAAAAACAUCGAUGCCCCUCUGGUCGCGCACUUCUCUUCAAAAGGGCCAAAUGGCAUUAUUCCAGAUAUUUUGAAGCCAGAUGUAACAGCUCCUGGAAUUGAAAUACUGGCAGCGUUUUCACCUAUAGCUCCACCGUCAGACUUGCCGCAAGACAAGAGAUCCGUGAACUAUAGCAUAAUAUCUGGAACCUCAAUGUCUUGCCCACACGUCGCUGGAGCAGCUGCUUAUGUAAAAUCAUUUCAUCCCGACUGGUCACCUUCUGCAAUCAAAUCAGCUCUUAUGACAACUGCCUGGAGAAUGGAUCCGACAAAGGAUUCACUAGCAGAAUUUUCGUAUGGAGCCGGCCAUAUUGAUCCAGUAAAAGCUGUCGAUCCUGGGCUUGUGUACGAGACAUUCACCGAGGAUUACAUCAAUAUGCUUUGCAGUUUGGGAUAUGAUACUGCAACACUAAGGAAGAUUCUUGGAAUAAAUAGCACUUGUCCCACCGGAGUGCAGAUAACGCCCAAAGAUCUCAACUACCCUUCGAUGGCUAAACGUAUUAUGACAGGUGGUAGCACCAUUAUAACCUUUUCAGAAAAUUUUACAAGAACAGUCACAAAUGUAGGACUCAAAAACUCAACAUACAAGGUGACUACCAGCAUAAGUCCCGACUACAAUAUCUCAGUGAAACCAGACAUCCUUACAUUUAGAACGUUAAACGAAAGGAAGUCGUUUGAAGUGAUUAUUAGUGGGAAGAUUAGUGGGGAAAUGGUGUCAGCUGAAUUAGAAUGGUCUGAUGGCGUCCAUAGAGUCCGGAGUCCAAUUACUGUGUAUCCAGAUUCUUUAUAGAUCAGCAGGGGUUUAUAUCUCUAUUCAAGUUGGUUAUCAGGGAAAUAAAUAUGUAAAGCUAAAUUGAUUGAAAUACCGCUCAUGAAUAAACACUCCCCGUUUCUUUCUCCCAUGAUACAAAUUAU